AUGCCCGAAAACACCCACGCAUUACAUGCGUAUGGUGUACCAGAGCAGAUGGAUGAAGGGAGAAUUGGCGGAGUGCGCCUACGCAUAUGUAAAACUCUCCCACUCAACCAAUCGGCUGCUUCGUCAUGCAGGCACGAGCUCUCUCUCUGUCUGUCUGUCUGUCUGUCUGUCUGUCUGUCUCUCUCUCUCUCUGUCUCUCUCUCUCUCUCUCUCUCUCUCUCAGAUGAAAAUGACACCUGUCAACCGGCGACAGUGGUUGAUAAAAGCGCAGAACCACGCAGCUACAUUGUCAGAAUGCAUGGCGAUGGAAGAUUACUGAGGCGUAACAGACGACAUCUGCAAGAAUUAUACAACCCUCAGAGACAAACCAGCAUCAACACACCCAUUCAAGAGACGAGUUGGGACGAUAUAACACCACCGUCCCAACAACAUGCUGACCCACUAGAAGUCAGUACUCCAUCCAAUAAUAAUGGAUACACGGCAACAGACAACCCAGGGCAACCAGUCGAGUCGAACCAACAGCCAGAAUUACUGACCAAAGACCGACCCAAAAGAGCACGGCGAGCCCCUCAAAAAUACAAGGACUUUACUCUUCACUCUUCCUUCAGUCUUCUCAGAUAA